AUGGGGCAACAAUUGUUGGAUGCAAAUGGGUGCACCCAGGACCAUUUUCUUCUGAAUAACCUCAAUUAUCUGGACGAUAUGUCGGCGGGCCAAGAAGCUCAAGUAUUUAAAUUUGCCGAUCGCCAAACAAUAUUCUUUGGUUGUCAAAUAAGAUUGGAGCUCAAGGAAGAGUUGGGCGGAAGUUGUCAGAGAAACCCUUGUCUUGGCUCUGACGAUGCCGGAAAUUCGCAUCCCGUGGAAUCACACAAUCGACAACCCGAGUCUUCUUCACGGCGACACGAGAAAAGGUCUGCCUUCCAAAAUCACUAUUCUACGUCC